UAGAGAUGACCUGAAAUGGAACAAUGUGGCACUAUGCAGUGCGCCACCUGCUGGACAUUUGCAGGACUGUCUUUCACACAUUUACACUGGACAGAAUCUUCUGUAUUUGAUUAUCAAACUCAGACUGCAAUGCAUCACUUUUCAUUCAAUACCUUAUCUUUAUACAGUGCCAAAUUUUGUUAUUUAUGAAGGAGAUUUUUAUAUUCCCCACAGCUUUUUGAAACACACAAAGCCUAGCAUUUAUUGGAAAGGAUGGGGACAUUAGGAUAACUCUGACAGGGAGGUUUUCUCAUAUAAUAAUCCAGAGACAGAGGUUUGAUUGUUGAGGCUCCUCUAGUAUAUCACAGGAUGAUCUUCUCCUGGAUCAGAGCCAUUUCCCCACAUUAAACAGAAGCUUUUAGACAAAUUUAUUACUUGGACUUUGCUCUGAGGUAUAAAAACUUUCUCAACCAGUAUUAAAUGUGCUCCAAAUGGUAAAAAAUAUACAAUCUUCCCAUGCUUUCUUGUAAUAUUCUGAGACGUUGCGUUUUUAAGAUGGCAAAAGUAGUUUUAAUUUAAAGUGUGUUACAACGAAUAUAAUUGCUGCUGGUGCGUAUAAUCGAGCAUCUUUAUCCCUGCUGGUCAAGCCUAAACCCAAAGGACUCGUUUUCACCCUCAGCAGUGACUGACAUCUGCGCGCUCUCGCCUCUCUCUCUCUCUCUCCUCGCGCGCGCGCGUUGUGCUUCCCAUCUGCGCUUCUCCCAGUCGGUCACGCCGCGCGCUCUCCUUCCUCCGUCCCCGUCUGGACCCUGUCGGAUUAAUGUUACAGCACUUCUCCGGACUGUACGAUGAAAGCCAGACCUCUCGUCAUUUUCCACACCUGCUACUUUCUGUUUGUUCUUCUGUCAGGGGUUUCCUGCUCCGAGGCAGAGCACCGGCUGUUCUCCGUCAUCUUCUCCAGUUAUAACCAGUACAUCAGACCAGUGGAGAAUGUGUCGGACCCGGUCAUCGUUCAGUUUGAGGUGUCCAUGUCACAACUCGUCAAAGUGGAUGAGGUGAACCAGAUUAUGGAGACCAAUCUUUGGCUGCGACAUAUUUGGAAUGAUUAUAAGCUCAGGUGGAAUCCCAAGGAUUUCGGAGGGGUCGAGUUCAUCCGUGUGCCCUCCAACAAGAUCUGGAAGCCGGACAUUGUGUUGUACAACAAUGCAGUCGGAGAUUUCCAGGUGGACGACAAAACCAAAGCUCUUCUGCGCUACAACGGAGACGUAACCUGGAUCCCACCGGCCAUCUUCAAGAGCUCCUGCAAGAUCGACGUCACAUACUUCCCGUUCGACUACCAGAACUGCACCAUGAAGUUUGGCUCGUGGACCUACGACAAGGCCAAGAUCGACCUGGUGCUGAUCGGUUCCACCAUCAACCUGAAGGAUUUCUGGGAAAGCGGCGAGUGGACGAUUAUCGACGCUCCCGGAUACAAGCACGACAUCAAGUACAACUGCUGCGAGGAGAUCUACACGGACAUCACGUACUCGCUCUACAUCCGCCGCCUGCCUCUGUUCUACACCAUCAACAUGAUCAUUCCCUGUCUGCUCAUCUCCUUCCUGACGGUUCUGGUCUUCUACCUUCCCUCCGACUGUGGCGAGAAGGUGACGUUGUGCAUUUCCGUUCUCCUCUCGCUCACGGUUUUCCUCCUGGUCAUCACGGAGACCAUCCCGUCCACGUCUCUCGUCAUCCCCCUGAUCGGAGAGUACCUUCUUUUCACCAUGAUAUUCGUCACGCUCUCCAUCGUGAUCACGGUCUUCGUGCUGAACGUGCAUUACCGCACGCCGAAGACGCACACCAUGCCGAGUUGGGUGCGGCGCGUCUUUCUGAGUUUGCUCCCUCGGGUCAUGUUCAUGACGCGGCCUGAGAAAGACCCGGAGAGACCGGAGAGACCGUGCGCUCUUCAUGCUCCGGUUUCUGCCAAUCCGCACGUUCUGUCGCACCGUCCUCCGCUCCUUCUGUGCACGACUGAGCUCAACAACCUGGCCGAGGCGUCCAAGAUGGCGUCCGGCUUUCUGUGUCGAGACGGCCGAUGCACAUGCUGCUGGAAUCAACACGCCACCGAAGCGGGAGAAGACGGAGGAGGAGGAGCCAGUCCCGGCUCCAGCUCCAGGUCCUCGGAUGGGCUUCUGUGCGCGUCCGCUCUCUCACCACAAGUCAGAGAGGCCAUCGAGAGCGUCAAGUACAUCGCAGAAAACAUGAGGCUGCAGAACGAGGCCAAGGAGGUCCAGGAUGACUGGAAGUAUGUUGCCAUGGUGAUUGAUAGGAUCUUCCUGUGGGUGUUUGUCCUGGCGUGCAUUCUGGGAACGGCCGGACUCUUCCUGCAGCCGCUCCUGUUGGGCGAGGACAUGUGACGCCUUCACACACACAGACUUUAAAUCCCAACAUUUUGAUAAUCAGAAUCUAAUUUUAGCGACCCUAAAUCGGCAUUUUUGUACGUAUUUAUAUCACGUUUGGUUUAGGGACCUCUAAGGGUUAAACGGAGCAGCAUCAUCGACUUUCAAGAAGAUUUCUGUGCACCCACCCCACGGCUUACUCGGUGUCAAUUCACAUUUUAAUCAAAGUCGUGCAACCCCGUUACCUUAUACAAGGAUAAAAAACAUUUGGUUGAAGGACAGACUGAAUGUUUGGCGAGUGUCUGAGGCUUAUUAGAGGAUUCAGUGUUUUAAAAGAAUAAUUCACCCACAAAUGGACAUUUAUCUGCCCUCCAGUUGUUCCUUUUUUUCUUUUGUGGUUCCAGAAUUUUUGUGUAGCAGCUCCAAAAUAUGGAUAAACAGAAUAAAACAUACACAGACACAAUUCUGACUUUUUUCUUUCAGUUUAAAGUUUGUGAAUGAAUUCAGAAUUGCCAGAUAAAAAGUAGCAGUUAGCCUACCUUCAUUUUUUUUUUUCCCAUGGCCGAAAUAAGCUUCCACACCAAAAUGAAUGAAUGAAUCUGUUCAGUCCAUGAGAGAAUCGUUCGGUCCGGUUUGAGAGCCCGUUCAUGUCCUUGUAGUGAGAGGAGCUGUGUGAAGAUUCCUCAGAAAUUCUGCUUUUGUCUUGCAUGGAAAAAUAACAGCAUUCAGGUUUGGAAUGACAUGCGGGUGAGUAAAUAAUGGAGUUUUUAUUUUUAUUUUUUAUGCAUUAUCCCUUUAAAGUGUAUUCAAAUGUGAUAUGGCUGUUUUUUUUGUCGUUGGUUUUUUGUCAUUUAUGAUCAUUUUGUUACAUUGAAAAAAUAAUUUUAAUCUAACAAAAACACUUGUCAGAUGUAAAAAUACAGACUUCGAAAAAGUCAAAACUCUUUGAGCUUUACACUUACUUUCAUCACCACCUAGUGGUUACUUUGAGCAGUUCCAGUAUAAUUCAGUGAUGGGUAUCUUCAACAGUCAACACAACCCCAUGUUGUUUUCCCUACAUGUAAUUUGUGUCUGUUCACUGUUAAUCAAUUCUUAAUGUAAAACCCUGAUGCACAUUUCCAACUCUUCAAGCAAAUAAAGAAACACUGAGAACUAUGA